AUGCAGAUAAGUGCACAGGAAGUUGGGACCGAGGCUGAAGUCCGAGAAGUCUUCUCGUGCGAUACGGGAGGAUAUGCGCACUGUCAAAGAGUUGAGUACGCGGAGUCAUGUCAAGCAGGGGACGGUUUCUGGUGUACCUGCCAGAAGGGCUUUAGCCCGCAAGGGGUGAACCAGAGCUCUACUUGUGUCGACAUAGACGAGUGUGCACAAGGCCUCGACAACUGCAAGCAGAAAGGAGGGGACUGUGUGAACACUCCUGGCAGUUUUACUUGUGGAUGCGGCCCCUACCGCCAAGAAAGAGAUGGAAUUUGCGUUGACAUAAACGAAUGCUCGACGAACAGAGGAGAGUGCGAUGAAAAUAGCGACUGCAUCAAUGUCGAUGGAUCUGAGCAGCUGUGCAAGUGCCAUAAGGGCUGGACGGACAUCAAUGAAUGCAACGAGAACCCUGCUAUCUGCCCGUCAAAUUCAAUAUGCACGAACUUGCCGGGUUCGUACAAGUGUGAGUGUGGGCCUGGUUUUGAACCCGAUUCCUCUGGCAGUGGAUGCGUGACGGAGGACUUCUGCGGAACGGGAAAGAACGACUGCGACUCAGUCUUUGCCACGUGUUCGCUGGUGCCUGGUUCGUUCAAGUGCGAAUGCAUCCAGGGGUUCCGUGGAGUAGGAACGGUCAACACAUGCGAGCCGCUUGCGGGGAACGAGGAUCUGGCUUGCACAGCAUUGGGACUGACUUGUGGAGACUACAAGUACUGCACAAAGAGUACAACCCAGGCAGGAAUGUGGGAGUGCGCAGACAAAGCGGCUUCUGAACAACUCGCCGUCUUUCUAACGAAUGGCUCAACAAGCGACACGCCGUCGUGGAUUUGGGCUGUCGUCGUUUUGUCCACCAUCGUGCUCAUCCUUAUAUCUGGAGGCAUUUUGUGGUGCUUGUACAAACGGUUUAUAAAGAAAAGCGAGGAGAACGAGGAAGACCUGCUCACUGAACAAGAUAUCGGCGAGGGCUAUAACUACGGUGCAACCCAAGGCUAUUACGCUUGA